AUGUAUCUAACGAUCAUUGUAGUGGUGAUGAUGCUGUGUAGCACCACUGUUAAAGGAGCAUCGGUUCAUUCAGUUGUGAAGCGAGAGGAUGGACCACACUGCAUCGUGAAAGGUGACCCUCACUACGAGACAUUUGAUGGUUACAAGUACACAUUCAUGGGCAACUGUACAUAUAUGCUUCUUGCUUGGUGCAACAAAAGAAAUGGUAAAGUUCAGCAGAAACUCGUCACAGUCAGUACUAAAAAUGAACACCCCAAUAAUAAUGGACACACAAGGGUUGUGACAAUUUACUGA